AUGGUGGAAAAGUUGGCCUUAACUACUAUUCCUCAUCCCAAGCCUUACAAGCUUCAGUGGAUAAAAGAGGAUGAAGAAAUAGUAGUCAAAACACAAGUAAACAUACCUAUCUCCAUUGGAAACUAUGAAGAAACAAUUUUAUGUAAUGUUGUGCCAAUGGAUGCUGGGCAUGUUCUACUAGGUUCUUCUUGGAUCCCAAGAUGUAGGGACAUAGUGAAGGACAGGUACAAUGAACCCGUGGAUGAUGAGCAUCACAUAGUGAACCAAAUUACUACACUGAAAAAGACACGAGUGAAAGAUAUAUCGGUUUUGUACUUUCUGUAUAAUGUAGUGGAUGAAUCUGGAUUCGAGAAAAUAGCUAAUGCAAAGUCAACAAAAGAAGCAUGGGAAAUUUUGAAGGUGGCAUACAAAGGAGAUACCCGCAUGAAGCAGGUCCGAGUACAAGCUAUCAGAAGAGAGUUUGAACAUAUGGAGAUGGAUGAAAAUGAGGGAGUUGCCGAGUUCAUAGCUCGAGUGCAGAAGAUGGCCAACCAACUCGGAAUGAACGGAGAGAGGUUCCUCCUAACCGGGUUGCGGAAAAGAUCUUGA